AUGGUGCCAGUUAUAGGUAUGAAGUUUGGUAACCCAAUCCAAUUGAAGCUAUGUGUAACCAAUUAUGCAGUGAAGAAUGAGUAUGAUUUAUGGUAUGAAAAAAGUGAUCAUAACAGGUUACUGGUGAAAUGUUGCAAAGGUAAGAAGAAUAAGAAUAAUAAAGGUUGUCCCUUUAGGUUGUGGAGCUAUGGAAAGGAGCUAAGAAGGACUAACCCUGGAGCAACAGUGAAGAUCGAUGUGGAUGUGAUGCCUGAUGGAACCACUUACUUCUUAAAGUUCUAUGUAUGUUUAAAGGAUGUGAAGGACGCAUGGAUUCAAGGUUGUAGGAGGGUAAUUGGACUAGAUGGCUGCUUCUUAAAAGGAAUUUAUAGAGUGGAGAGUAAAGAAACAUGGAAGUGGUUUGUUGACCUUAUCCUUGAUGACAUUGAAAUGGGAAAUGGGCAUGAAAUGGUGCCUGCAGCAAAGCAUAGAGCCAGGCACAUAUGUGCUAACUUUUUGAAAAAUUUUAAGGGGCAACAGUGCAAUAAACUUUUCUGGUAUGCUGCUGCUUCUACUACCCAGGCUAAAUUUGAGCAGCAUAUGAAUGAAAUCAAGAAAUUUUGGAGAGUUGUACCUUCUGGUUAUCAAGAAUUUGAAGCGAGGCUUGGAUAUGAUGCAUAUUCUAUAGACCUUGGUAGGAAGACAUGUACAUCUAGAGCUUGGCUAUUAACUGGUUACCCUUGUGUGCAUGCAUAUGCUGCCAUUUCAAACCUCAAUAGGGAUCCAGAGGACUAUGUAUCACCAUUGUUGACCACAACAAUGUUUGGUAAAGUGAAGGUUGAAUUGACUCAAGAAGUUGAUGUGGCAAGUGAUAGUGAUAGUGAUAAUGAAGUUCAAAUGGAGCCUGAUAGUGAGGUGGAGUCUUAUGAAGUUGAUUUUGAAGAGGAUAUUCAUAGAUAUGAAGAUGUAGACCAACGUGAGGCUACAGUUGAAGUUCAAGGACAGGGUGAAGGUCAAGAAGGUGAAGAACUUGCUAUACUUCAAGAUCCAAUUGGACCGGAUGACCAAGGACAAGAUGCAGUUCAAGAUCUAGUAGAAGAGGAGCAUAUGCAAGAAGUACCAGCAUUUCAAAUUCUACAGGGAAAGAGAAGAAGGAAACCUUCAGAAAGAAUCAUGAAAAUUCAGAUAAGAAAGAAGUGGGAAGGGAAACAGUGGAGUAGUGGUGAAAAUCUAAUGGAAUUGGAAUAG